AUGGAGUCGAAGCGGGUGUGCGUUGUGGGUGCGGGAAUAAGCGGUCUAGUCACCUGCAAGUACCUGCUCGAGAAAGGUUUCCGGCCGGCGGUCUUCGAGGCCCUUGGGGCCAGCCGAUCCAUCGGCGGCGUAUGGGCUAGCCCGCUUGGUUCGACCCGGCUACAGACCCCCACCGAUUUUUACCGGUUCACUGACUUCCCGUGGCAGGAAUCGAUCACGGGAGCGCCGAACCACGAGCAGGUGAUGGAGUAUUUGGAAGCUUAUGCUCGCCGGUUUGAUCUUAUGAAGCACAUUCGGUUUGGGGAGAAGGUAGUGGGUUUGGACUAUGUUGGUUCUGACUGGGAGCAGAUGGCGUUCUGGGAUUUGUGGGGAAGAACGGGCGAUGCGUUCGCCGAAGAUGGACGUGGAGUCUGGAACGUCACCGUUGAGAAGGAAGACGGGGCUGUUGUGCAUGUCAUGGACUUUGUUGUCCUCUGCUUAGGAAGAUUUAGCGGCCUCCCAAAUAUCCCCAACUUUGCUAACAACAAAGGCCCUGAGGCCUUCAAUGGUAAGGUGAUCCACUCCAUGGACUUAGCCAACAUGGGAAGCACUGCUGCUGCCAAGCUUGUUAAUGGCAAACAUGUCGUUAUCGUUGGUUUCCUCAAAUCGGCUCUUGACGUCGCUGCAGAAUGCGCUAAUAUUAAUGGUCCGGAGCUUCCUUGUACGAUGAUUGUUCGAACGAAAAGAUGGAACGUACUAGAUUUCUCAGCAUGGGGUGUCCCUUUCAGUUACUUGUAUUUCAAUCGCUUCUCAGAACUACUCUUUCACAAGCCCGGAGAAGGAAUCAUACUAAGCUUUUUGGCAACUAUGCUUUCUCCUUUUCGGUGGGUUAUAUCUAAGCUUGUCGAGAGCUACAUCAAAAAAACCACUCCCAUACAGAAGUAUGGAAUGGUUCCAGACCAUAGCUUCUUUGAAGCAAUGAGUGCCGCAUUAUUUGGUAUAAUACCGGAAAAAUUUUAUGACAGGGUGAAAAAUAAUAGCAUUAUUCUAAAACAUUCAAAAAGCUUUGAGUUUUGUGAAGAUGGUGUAAUAUUGGAAGGUGAAUCUACGCCUAUAAAGGCUGAUUUAGUCAUCUUUGCUACUGGUUUCAAGGGUGAUCAAAAGGUUCGAAACAUCUUCAACUCUCCCUCGCUUCAAGAGAUUGUGACAGGUUCCUCGGAAAAUACUGUUCCACUUUAUAG